AUGGAAAACGCGGCCAAAGAGAAGGCCAGCGCCCAGCGAAAGGCCCUGGAGUUGGCGCUAGGCCCUGACCUGUUAUGCAUGCUUAUGGUUGUGCAUAACUGGGCUUUUCGUGCAUAAGCAAAAGCAUAAGUUGGAGCGUGCAUAUAUAGACUAUACCUGGUAUAUAUUUAUGCAUAAAAGUGUGCAUAACAGGGGUUAUCGUGCAUAGCGGUGACUAUGCACGAGUGAGAUGGGGGUAAGGGGUGGCUCAGACGCUCAGACAGCUCAUUGUAACCAAAACAGAGCUUUUUUAUCCCCUUCAAAGCCUCUUGGUCUUUAACUCUUUCGUUUCAAGUUUACAGAUCAGACAACAAAUUG